CCAUCCCACGGCCGCGCAUGAUGGACGUCCUCCGCGCCGAGUCGCCGGGCAACGGCGUAUCCGUCGACAUACCGACCGAGCGGACGCCACUUGUCUCGCGCAGCAGCUCGCCCCGGACGCCCGUGGCCGGCAGCUACCAUGCGUGCAGCCCCCACACGCUCGAAACGGCUUGCUACGAUGGCCACCAGUACCAGUCGCCGGUCAAGGAGCCCGAGGGCUCACCACAGCAAGUCGCACGCGACUCGAUUCACUUUAUCGACGACGGCGACGAUGAGAUGUGCAUGCUCCUGGAGGACUCGGCGUCGCACGACGCCACGCAGACGCACCUGCUCUUCCUCGACGCCUGUUUGGCCGGCGAUAUGUUUCAGGUCCCGCGCUUCGUGCUGAGCAUGGCCGACUCGCAUGCGCUGCGCGCGCUCUUGACGGCGCAGCACCCCAAGUACCACAUGCACGGCCUCGCGAUGGCUGCGUUUUACGACCAGACGCUGGUCGUCCAGCACCUCGUCGACGUCAUGGAGCGGCAUGGCAUGCUCGACCUUGUCGACAGCCCCGCGGGGCCCGAGCGCCACAACGCGACAGCGCUCAUGCUCUCGCAGUCCGUCGCGUGUGCGACGCUGCUCUUGGACGCGCAAGCCUCGCUCGCCAAGCGCAACUCGACCGGGAUGACACCGCUGCACUACGCUUCCAGCGCGGGCCAAGCCGGUAACAUUAGUCUGUACCUCUGCCGCGGCGCCAACGUCAACGAGCUCGACCAUCGGGGCGCGACGCCACUGCACUGGGCGGUGUACGAAGGCUUCCAGUACGCUGCGCUCCUGCUCGUCGGGCAAGGCGCCGACAUGAGUAUCCAAGACUCGCAGGGCCAGACAUCGCUCAUGAUUGCGGCGGCCCUCAACGACGCCUUUCUUGUCAAGCAGCUCGUCAUCGAAGGAGCACCGCUCGAGCCGCACGACCGAAAAGGCCGGUCCGCGCUCACGAUCGCCAAACAAGCGAGCAACCGCGAGGCCAUGCACGCGCUCAGCACGGGCAAGAACGACCGCUGGAUCGCCAUGGCGUACCCCGAGCUGAUGCUGCACGCCACGGUGCUGCUGUUAUUGGCGACGUGCGCUCUAUACACCCACGUGUGGCUUGCUGACCCGGGGUUCAUUCCCAAGUCGGCCGUGCCGGCGUACUCGCUGCUCGCCUUUGACUCGGACGUAUCGCCGUGCCCGACGUGCGUGACUCUCAAGCCGAUACGCUCCAAGCACUGCUCGACGUGCCAGCGCUGUGUGUCCCGCUUCGACCACCACUGCCCGUGGAUCAACAAUUGCAUCGGCAAGCACAACCACCGCAGCUUCCUUGCGUUCCUCUUUUGCCUCAGUGCGCUCUGCUGGCUGCUCGCGGCCGCGUCCGGGCUCAUCUUGAUUGGCUGCUGCCCGCUGGUACCGGACGCGCCGGUUCUCGCGGCGUGGCACAAGUACGAGCCAUUGUGGGUCUCGACGUUCCGGGAAACCCACGUUGGCUACACGCUCCAGCUGGUGCACAUUUACAUCUUCGUGCUCGCCAUGACGUUUGGGGUCCCGACUUCGAUCCUCCUCGGGCUCCAGCUGCGCAACAUUGCACAGAGCUUGACGACCAACGAAGUGUUCAAUAAGGACAAGUACGCGUACCUCAAGGACGAAUCCGACGCCUUUUACAACCCCUUCGACUAUGGCGUCGUCCGCAACUGCGUUCGCUUUUGGCUCGGCAAUGACGAACCUACUGUCGUCGACGGUCGCAAAGGCUCGUUCGUCUAGUCCGUCGCUAAGUGUCAUUAACUCGUAUCAG